GCAAUCAACUGCGACGGCUGGACAUACAUAAGUAUACUGCAUACCAAGCGCCAUCGCGAACAUAUUGCAGCGUUUGAAUACUACAUAAAAAUCUGUAUCAACAUAUGCGACAUUAACGAUCGCCUACAUACUUGCGUUACUCUACUUUGUACUGCUUUGUACCACCGUGCCGUCAAUUAUGUCUGCCGCCGAAGAAUGCUGCGAACUGAAAGGUGGACAUCCCCCGGCAGUCAAAGCUGGUGGUAUGAGAAUAACCCAACAUAAAACUCCCAGGGAGGACCGAGAAGCUAAGCCGAGCAAAGAAUCUGAGGAGGCCAAACUCUCUACUAGUCCACCAAAAACAAUGAUGAUUAGUGGAGCUCCUGCAAGAGGAAAUGCUGAUUUUCCACCUGAAGCAGUGCAAAAUUUCCACGGGAAGCCAGCUCCAACUCAUGAUGCUCGUGCAGCUCACGCUCGUCCUAACAUAAUUCAGCAGCCAAGAAAGUAAAAAUAUUACUGAGUAUAGCAUCUUCAUACUGAUAACUGACGUAGCUGGACUAAUGAAAAGCGAAAGAACGAGAGGGAAAAAAAUGUGUGAAAUUAUUGUAAUAUCGCUAUUUUAAAAUUGAAUGAGAAAACGGCAGAAACAAUUGAAAUAUCUUAAUAAUUUUUAAUGAUGUGAAGACGAAACGAAAGAUAUAAAACAAGUCAUAAUUUUUGAGAGAUAUAUUUUUUUGAGUGACAAAACUCCUGAAUACAUAAGAUAUUCUUCGUUGAAACAACUCAAUAUUCUGCUUUCAUAUUUCAAAUCCGUACUAUUAAAAGAAAAUAUAUAUAUACAAGGCUUUCGAAAAUACGUAAAAUGAUGUGAGACCUUCUUCCAGACAGAUGAUAAUUUUUAGUGGUGUUUGUGUUCAGUUUACUACUGAAGGCUUUGAGAGUUUAUAAUGGUGUUAGCUAAAAAUUGGACAAGACAUUUAUUUUUUACGAAAAGGACAUGUAUGUCUGGCCUACGUGCUUAGAUUAUAUGUAUGUAUGUAUGUUGUAUCAGAACCUUGGAGCAUUCAUGUUCUUCAAUUGCACGCUAUUGUGUUUCUAUUAGGUGUAACAUAUACUUGAUUUACCUCUCAAUAUAUAACGAUACUUAUGAUUCACUCAUGUGCUUCAAUAAUGCAAGUUUGGUUUUACAAGUGUGGAUUAUUUCUUUUCUUAUUUUGGGACCAAUACCGAACAGAAAGUCAUUAUUACGAGUUUAUUCCAGCCUUUCGUUGUUUUAUCUACUAUGCGUUUGAUGCGUUUAUUAUUACUAUUGUUUUUUAAUAGGUAUAUGUAUUUCCUUACAUGGUUCUCAUUUCUGGUUAUGGAUUUACUUGGGCUAAUUAUUUGCACGUUCGGUUUUAUCGAAACACCUGUUUUUAUUUUCAUUUUAAAUACACUGGUAUCUAAUUAUAUAAAAAUAAUUAGAGGUGAUGUUAAAUACUAUGGUGAUGAUAAACAGAUGAGCAAUACGAAUGUGUAUUGAUUGUGUGAAAAAUGACAAAUCAUACAAAAUAUCUUGUAAUUUAUUUGUAAUGAUUCUGUCUUAAGAGAUGAAUAAAAUAAUUUUCCAUACAAUUAA